AGUGGGAAGCCUCCUCAAAUCAGUGUGUCAAGUCAGGGAGUUGCAGUCAUGGCAUUUGGAAGAUGGUUUUUCACAGUUCUGCUGCUGCAGUUUUGCUGCACUGACCAUGGAUUUUGUGGGAAGGUCCUGGUGUGGCCAGCUGACAUGAGCCAUUGGCUUAACAUGAAGACAAUUCUGCAGAAACUCACAGAGAGAGGCCAUGAGGUGACUGUACUGGUUUCUUCAGUAUCCUAUAUCAUCGACUAUCACAAACCUUCUACAUUCAACUUCCAGGUGAUACCUAUGGAAAAUAUCAAAGAAAAUGCUACAGAAAUAAUGAAUGAUUUUUUACACCUAGCAGUUAAUAUUAUGCCAACAUUACCGCUCUGGAAAUCAGCAGUGAAACUGCAUGAAUUUGUUGCACAUGUUACUAACAUUUUUAAAUUACAGUGUGAGAAUGUGGCUUACAAUAAGGCAGUCAUGAAGAAGCUCCAUGAAACCAAGUAUGAUGUAAUGGUUAUAGAUCCUGUGAUUCCCUGUGGAGAGCUGAUAGCUGAGUUGCUGGCAAUACCGUUUAUAUAUACUUUAAGAUUCUCCAUGGGUCACACUUUGGAGAAAAACUGUGGAAAACUUCCAGUUCCACUUUCCUAUGUACCUAUUCCUAUGACAGCUCUAAAAGACAAAAUGACCUUUAUGGAAAGGGCAAAGAAUAUGGUGUUUUCUGUUGCAUCUGACUUCUGGAUCAAACAAUACGAUGAUGAGGUUUGGGACAAGUUGUACAGUGAAGUAUUAGGAAGACCCACUACACUAUGUGAGACGAUGGGAAAAGCAGAAAUUUGGCUAAUGCGUACAUACUGGGAUUUUGAGUUUCCUCGCCCUUACUUACCUAAUUUUGAAUUUGUUGGAGGACUACAUUGUAAGCCUGCUAAGCCAUUACCUAAGGAAAUGGAAGAAUUUGCCCAAAGUUCAGGUAAAGAUGGUAUUGUGGUGUUUUCUUUGGGGUCAAUGGUCAAAAACCUCACAGAUGAAAAAGCCAACCUCAUUGCUUCAGCCCUUGCCCAGAUUCCACAGAAGGUUUUGUGGAGAUACAAAGGCAAGACACCAGAUACAUUAGGAGCCAAUACUAGACUAUUUGAUUGGCUGCCUCAGAAUGAUCUUCUUGGACACCCCAAAACAAAAGCUUUCAUCACUCAUGGUGGAACCAAUGGGAUCUACGAAGCAAUUUAUCAUGGCGUUCCAAUGGUGGGAGUUCCCAUGUUCGCGGAUCAACCUGACAACAUUGCUCACAUGAAGGCAAAAGGAGCAGCGGUGGAGGUUAACAUAAACACAAUGACAAGUGCAGACUUGCUCAAUGCCUUAAGAACAGUCAUAAAUGAACCUUCUUAUAAAGAGAAUGCCAUGAGGUUGUCAAGGAUUCACCAUGAUCAACCUCUAAAGCCCCUGGAUCGAGCAGUCUUCUGGAUCGAGUUCGUCAUGCGCCACAAAGGAGCCAAACACCUGCGUCCAGCUGCACAUAACCUCACGUGGUUCCAAUACCACUCUCUGGAUGUGAUCGGCUUCCUGCUGGCCUGUGUGGCAGCUGCUCUGUUCUUGGUCACAAAAUGUUGUUUGUUUACUUGUAAAAAAUUUGGUAAGACAGGAAAGAAGAAAAAGAGGGACUAGAACUUUCUCAUUUGGUAACGGCCUAAAUUGGCAAUCCUAUUAAUUUUUGCCCAAUGGCUUUAGGGAAAAUGCCUUUCUCAAUCUUAUCUCAAAAUUCUUUACUUCUACACCUAAGCCUGAAGAUAAAUUCUAAGAGCCGUCAAUUGCAUUGACAGGGAAAUCCCCUUCUUCCUUUAUCCUUCGCCACAUGAAAACAUCCUUUUCUGCUCACUUUUCUGAUGUGACUGUACUAAUUAUUCUAUGCACAUUAUUUUUAUCAAAUCAACUUGUUCUUUGUCUUUAACCUUAAAUGAUAUGCUGACAAAUGUGUGCUGAAUCCCAGAGCUACACAAUAUACGACUUGAAUUUGAUAAAUUUAGAGAAACUCUCUAAAUAAAAUUUUAAGUUUACCCCAUAACAUACAAUUCAAUAAAACAUCAAGGGGAAUUUUCUAAUGAUAAUCAGAAUUUAGUUUUACAUUAAAAUAAGUCUUUCUGUUCUCCCAGUAUUACUGCUUUGAGUCAUAAAUUAAUAUCUGUUAGGGCAUUGGAAAGUGCUACCCAUUUCUAUUGAACACAAAAAGAGCUAUGAAUAGAUAGUCAUCAGUACUCUGCAUUGUGAAAACAUUAAUAAUAGUGGACAAUGUUCAAACUUUUAUCAAUAAUGUAUUCUCAUGUACAAUCUUCAAAAAGGCAGAUUAAGUCAUUGUUUUUUUUCUCAAGGACAGAGAGUGUCAGCAAUAUGUUAAAGGUGAAAAGAUUAUUCUUAAAAGACAUAGAAAUAAUCAUUUUAUGAAAUUUUAAGUUGGCAAAAUGAUUUAUGACUUUAAAUUUCAAUUAAUUAUAUUUAAAAUGACUAAUACUCAUAAUCUAUUAUCUCCAUAAGCAAAAGACUAGAUCUGUUAAAAGUAAAGGUUUAUUUGAUAUGAAAAUUAUUUUAUUGCUUUCCAAUUUUUAAGUUCUAUAAAUUUUGAUCAACUAAGCAUUGUGUCUAGGAUAUGAGAAAUUAACAUAUUUGUUUGACUAUGGAUGUGAUAUAGUAAAUACAAAUGCAAAACACUUCAAAUUUAAAUCAGGUUAGGUUUGUAUUUGACAAAUUAAAAAUUAAGUAUUCUUCAACUUUUAUAAAUAAAAUAAUGCGUAACUAUAUUUUAAAUUUCUGUAUUUGAGACAAAUGAGUUUGGUUUUCUGUAAAUUUUGAAAUAAUCUUUCAUUUCAAUAUGUUAGAUUAAAUUUCUAUUUAAAAUAUAUACCUUUCUAAAAUGCAAAUAAAUUCUACAACUGAUGGUUGAAGGCUCA